GUGCGGCCCGGGGUGCCGCCGCCGGAGGACACGGCGCAGGUCCGCGUCUCCAUGGAAAUGACAAAGCUGGAUAUCAAGAAUUACCUUGAGAAAAUAUACAACGUGCCGGUAGUGGCGGUGAGGACCAGGAUACAGCACGGUGCCCACAACAGAAGGAACCACAAGAAUCAGAGAAUAAAGAAGCCAGAUUACAAGGUUGCCUACGUACAGCUGGGCCAAGGACAAACCUUCCAGUUUCCCAACCUAUUUCCAGAAAAAGAAGAAAUGCCAGAAGCUCGCUCUUUUGAUGACUUCAGGAAAAAGUAUAUCGAGAAAGAGCAGCAGAGGCAGAGGGGUGACCCCAGACGAGGUGGAGUCCCCGACUGGUUUGGACUUUGACACAAUAAGCC